UAAUGGAAAUGCCCAUAAUGAAGAAUUGCAAGCCCCUUAUAUCAAUAACAAUAUUCCUUAUAAGGCUGAUAGAAAUGUAAAUGCUGAACCUGUUUUCAACAAUGAUCAUUUCAUAAGAGCUGGACAGAGUUUUGAAAAUGUAAAUCAAAAUAAUGCUGUUCCUGAUGAUAAUGUACGUGACAGUUUUGUGAAACCUUACGGUGAAGAGGCUCAUAUUGGAGCAAAUGCACAAGCUCAGCCUGGUGGUAUUCAUCCUAUUGAGGCCCAGCAUGGGAAUGAGCAUCCAUAUGAUUUGAACCAAGUCAAAAAUGCACCUCUUUUGAAUAACCCAGCAGGGCAAGUAUAUGGAAAUGGACAACAUGGUGAAAUGGCAAUGCAAGUCAAUCCACCUAACCAAGCCAUUCAACAAAAUCAAGAAUAUCAAAAUGAGCAAGCACCAGUACAAAUCAACUCAUUGAAUCAAAGAUACCAAGACAGUCAAGUGAUAUAUAAUGAACAGCCACAAAUGCAAACUUACGCCCCUAAUCAAGCAUUGCAAGAAUUGAAUCAGGUCAACCCUCUUGUACAACCAGUCCAGAGAGAUCUACUUAAUCUUGACAAUUCAGCCAAUAAUCUGGAACUCCAAGAUCAGAGUCCUAACCUUCGAUAUCAGCAGGAUUCACAAUUAGGAAACCAGUUAGAUCCUGUUCAGCAAAAUGGAAAGAUUCAAGACCAGGAGCUCAAUGGCUUAAAUGGAAACCAAGACAUGAACCGGAAUGAUGGAGUCAACCAACACCAGGUGGUAAACCAGGACCAGGGUAAUGACCAAGGUGAAAGUAAUAAUAUCCCUGCUCAGGAGUUCCCCAAUGAUUUUGAUCAAAAUAGAGGCCUUAAUAAUAACAUUGAUGUUCUUCAAAAUGAGAAUGCUGGGUUCCCUCAGGGUCCUGUGGCCCAUGAGAGUGCUGGAAUCAAUCAGGCUCCUGUGGUUCUUGAGAAUGCUGGUUACCCCCAAGCCCCGGCUGUCCCUGAGAAUGCUGGGUAUCCCCAAGCUCCUGCUGUCCCCGAGAAUGCUGGGUAUCCCCAAGCUCCUGCUGUCCCCGAGAAUGCUGGGUAUCCCCAAGCUCCUGCUGUUCCUGAGAAUGCUGGGUAUCCCCAAGCUCCUGCUGUACCUGAGAAUGCUGGGUACCCUCAGGCUCCUGCUGUCCCCGAGAAUGCUGGGUAUCAACAAGCUCCUGCUGUACCUGAGAAUGCUGGGUACCCUCAGGCUCCUGCUAUCCCAGAGAAUGCUGGGUACCCUCAGGCUCCUGCUGUCCCCGAGAAUGCUGGGUAUCAACAAGCUCCUGCUGUUCCUGAGAAUGCUGGGUAUCCCCAAGCUCCUGCUGUUCCUGGGAAUGCUGGGUACCCCCAAGCUCCUGCUGUACCUGAGAAUGCUGGAUUUCCCCAGGCUCCUUUGGCACCUGAGAAUGCUGGAUAUCCUCAAGCUAAUGUGGUCCCUGGUAAUCGUGUCCGGAUGCAACCAAUUCAACCAGUGGCCCCAGGUGCCUACCAACAGCCUCAAGGUGGCCUCAAUCCUGCUAUUAAUCAAGUGAGUUAGUAGUGAAUCUAGUCAGUAGUGGUGACAAUAUGUGUAAAGUGAAUAGUUUGGUAAAUCAGCAGGACAAUUGAAUCUGGUCUUCUGGGUGUGGUUCUCAAUCUUAUGAUAUUCUUGGGAAGACUUUGAUGGUAGAUACAUCCAUAUGGAAUGUGGAGGACUAUGGGUAGAAUUAGAUUAGAUGUUUACUGAAUGGGCUCUUAAGGCAAGAAAGUCAGUUCAUUCAUGAAUCAGUCAUACUUGGAACAUAUCAAUCUAACAAUUUACAAAAUAUUAAGAACAUUUUGAGUUGACAAAAAUUGGUGAUA